CCAGCUUACACCGUGAUUCUGAGAGUGACAGGUAGCUUCAAAGCUCAACGUUUUGUUACCUUGUCACCUACGACCCUUUCACCAACUGCGACACUCUUUCUCAACGAGUCGAUUACGGACAGUCACUGAACGAAAAGUAUAAAUACUACGACCUACCUACUUUCCAAUACGUCGACUUAUUGGCCAUCAUGGAUGCCACGCAACCACAGCCCGCGCCGGGCAGUCUUAGCUGGCGCCUCAGCGCGCAUCCCAUUACGCUGCUCACGUUUCUGGGAUUCCGGAUAUCAAGUGUCCUGAUCUACUUUCUCGGUCUGUGGAUCAUAAAAAGCAUGAUCAUGAUCUUCAUCAUUACGAUUCUUCUCCUCGCCGCCGACUUCUACUACAUCAAGAACAUUGCCGGUCGUCGCCUCGUAGGUCUGCGCUGGUGGAACGAGGUCGAUCCCCAAACGGGAGAGUCGCAGUGGGUAUUUGAGAGCAGCGAGCCAGGUACCAAGACUGUCAACCCGACUGAUAGCCGCUUUUUCUGGCUCGCUCUGUAUAUCCAACCUAUGUUGUGGGUUCUCAUGGCUAUUCUUGCUCUUGUGCGACUGCAGUUCUUAUGGCUGCCCCUCGUCGUUAUCGCUCUUGUCCUCACCAUCAUGAACACUCUAGCCUUCUCGCGAUGUGACAAGUUCAGCAACGCUUCCAGCAUCGCUGGUAGCGCUUUUGGGACUGGCAACCUGGCCGGAAGCCUCGCAAGCAACAUGGUCAGCAACUGGUUUUCUCGCAGCUAAAAAAAAAAAAGAACAAAAGAGUGGACUUCGAAUCGAUGAAGCCGAGCGAAUUUUCACCCCGUCACUUCACUUGACUGGAUGAAAAAGGGGAACUUGGCCUGCGUUUUGUGUUAGGACUUUGCAAGGAAGGCAUUGAUGCCGGUAUGAGUCGUUGACGUU